UCACAUGUCCGCAACCUCUGACCCGUGUGCGGCCCGGGGUUACUACAUUACUGUAAUUAGUUACUUCCGCUGGCACUGCUUCAGAAAACGAAAAAAAUAGAAACUUUAGCAAUAAGUUCCCGGAUGAAGUGAAAUACACGAGAGAAAGAAAACGGAGUGAAAUUCGAUAAUAAAGAGAAAAAUAAAAAAAGGGAAGUGUUAAUUACGGAAUGAUGAUUAGAAAAUUAUUGCAUUGAAGUUACUUGGAAGCUAAUGGAUGAUGAAAAGAACAAAGUGUUUCGCAGAACUUCUGGAAUUUUUUGAUGAACAGUAGGAAAUGGCUUCAGUUCCCCGGUUCAUUUAGAGUGUCUUCUUUUGCAAGAUAUUGCGUCGUGAUUAAGGAAUAGUGCAAUAUAAGAAAUCUCUCUGAAAAAAAGAAAAGAAAAAUACAGACUGGAAAUAAGAGAACAGAAGAUAGUGUAGAGAAGUGGAGAAGGAAACUGAAGAAAGGAGAGCAGAUCGAAGAAGGACGAGAUAAAAGAAGAGAAAAAAAGAAUAAGAAAAAAAAAAGAAAAAAAAAAACCCUCAAUACCCAACGCAACAAAAACGAAAAAAACGGAAAAAAAUCUCCCCUUAAAACAAUCAGACAAACAUAAAUCCACCGAGAGCAAAACUUCACACCAACAGCAAAACAGCGAAACCCCGACAAACCCGCACCGGACCAUCACAGAUCAAUAUUUUCCUUACGAAAGAGAAAAUUCCCUCCUCCCUCCCUCCACAUCUCCAGCCAUUUCCCGCCAUCAUGUACAGUAUGGACGGCUUCGACAUGGAGGCUCUCAACAGACAGUUUUUCGAGUCUGCGGCCUUUAGCGAAUUCCAGGCGGGGGUCGUUUUCGAGCCCGGAAGUGGGGGGUCGUCGCCAGCACACCUCGACCAGGAAAACACGUACCUGAUGUUCGAGCCCGACAGCGGCGGCUCCUCGCCAUCCCACAACGAUCAAGAAAACACGGUGCUCCGGCGGAAGAAGAAGCGCCGCUGCCUGAUGGCGCAGAUGCAGCAGCGUCAGGCGGCCAACAUGCGGGAGAGGAAACGCAUGCAGAGCAUCAACGACGCAUUCGAGGGGCUACGAGCGCACAUCCCCACCUUGCCCUACGAGAAGAGAUUGUCGAAGGUCGACACCCUCCGCCUGGCCAUCGGCUACAUCAGCUUCCUGGCCGAGCUGGUGGCGAGCGAUCGCGCUCCGGACCCGCACCUGCAUCCUCCGAACCACAAUGACUCCAACAGGAAGGUUAUCGUCAGAAGCUCCAGAAUGAGCGUGGACAGCGUGCCUCACUCCCUCACCUGGUCUCACAUCAGGCCUCACGUUGUCAACGGCAAGGUCACUGCCAAGACGUGGAUGCCAGAACAGCAGAAGCAGCAGUGAGAGGAUGGCCGGACAGCAGUGAGAGGAAAACAGAAGAACAGCAGUGAGAGGAAGGCUGAAGAACAGCAGUGAGAGGAAAACCGAACAGCAGUGAGAAGAAGGUUGAACAGCAGUGAGAGGAUGGCAGAACAGCAGAAGCAGCAGUGAAAAGAACAGCGAGAAAAUAGCCGCUAGAAAGAGGAACAGAACAGAAACAACAGGAAAGAAACGGAAAUGUCAGCGACUCUCUCUCUCUCUCUAUCUAUCUAUCU